GCGAUUUCCACAUCGACGUAGACGACGACGGAGUUUGCCGUUGAGACGCCUCGAAGGUUUACGUGGAAAAGUGCUCAGUGCUUCGUCGCGGUGCCGACUAUUCGGAUUCAGUUUUCUCUUGUUAUAUUUGCUCUUGUACGAGACGACCUUUUAAGAUCCUUCACGACGUUCCAAUAAGUUCCCACGGUAGGAUCCUCCUCCGGAUAAUACCUGGAUUACUGGAUAUUCAUCUAUAAUUGGAAAUUUCGUAACUAUUCUCUAUGGAAGAGCUACAAGCACUUGGUUGAUUCUUAUUACAUUGAAAGGCUCAGGGCUGAGUACACCCAAUAUGGAAAUUCCAAUGGCAAACCGGUGUAUCGCAGAAUCCAUCCUGAAAGAGAACACGAGCACGGCUGCAGCUUGACCUUCGUCAAUUUACUUCCGAGUCCGUGAGUCAGGAAAGCCUUCUACGAAGAUGAGUGCAAAGAUAUCGCUCGUGGCUCCAAACUGUCCAAGCGGCACGCAGUCAACGGUGAACCGUCGUCGCGCUCAACCUCCGACGCUCCUCGUUCCACGACAGCCGAGCAAGAGACUCGCAGAGUCGAUCCACACCGAAGAAGAGGUAGCUGCAAAGCGUAUAGUCGUGCCUCAGUUAGAAGUGACGUCGACGGAAUCAACGUCAUCAUCAAAGUCAACGCUUAACAAGGAGGAAUACGAGAUGCCUGCAUUAACGCGAGCCUACACCAGUGCAACCCUGCCUCGAAUAAAACGCUUGAAUUUCCGACCUCUAAAAGCGUCGGCGUCGCGUCUCGAUAUAACUGGUACUGACGUCAGGCCGCCGAUGUCGACCCUGGUGUGCUGCGAGCCGGUGUCGGCCGGGCGGCCGCGCGACAACCUCAAACUCGUGUUGAACCGAAGCCUGAGCGAACCUGGGCCCCCGAGCGAUCGUUUCCUCGCCACGCCCACGUCGCCCACCUCAGCCACUACCUCGCCCACCUCGUCGAACGGCAGCAGCGGGACCAGCAGCAGCAGCAGCGGCAGCAGCAGCAUCAUCAUCGGCAGCGGCAACGGAACUGACGAGAGCAACGGGAACCCCCUCGUCAGUAACAAUAACAAUAGUAACAGCCAUCAGUACCAGCAGCAUCAUCACCAUCAUCAUCGUCAUCACCAUCAUCACCACCUGCACCAUCAUCAUCACCGUCAUCAGGGCCUCCUCUACCCUCUGUCUGCGAACUGCGCACCACCGAAACGCUGCAAGCUGGAGUCCGUCAGCCUACCGACCAGUCCCUGCUCCGAGAGCGGCACUCUCCAGCGUCAGCUGGUGCUGCGGACCUCGCGCACCAUCACGAGCGAUGAACUCGCGCGGAGGCUCCUUCACCAGCCCUCGACUUCCCCCGUCCUGCUCGACUGUCGACCUUUCAUUGUCUACAACGUGAACCACGUGCGCGGCGCCAUCAAUGUCAACUGCUCGGAUCGGUUCAACCGCAGGCGGCUGCAGCAGGGCAAGGCCACCCUGGCCGACCUGGCUACGGCCAGGGAAGGCAAGGAGGUGCUCAGGCGACGUCUCUAUCGGGAGGUCAUCGUCUACGACGACUGCACCGCCGAUCUCGAGCAUCUGCCCGUUCAGCAUCCGCUCUUUCUCGUUCUUGCAGCCCUCGUCGAAGAUAACCGGGAACCCACUCUUCUUCUGGGCGGACACAAAGAGUUUCACAGACGGCAUCGAGAACUGUGCGAGGACACGCUUCUACCACCUAGCGGAGGUGCCACGGCGGGACCCUCGGCGGUCAGCGGAUGUCCCAGUCCCGGACCUGGAUGUCCUGUCCUAGGACUGUCCGGUCCGCCGACGCCGCAACCAGCUGACAUCGACAGCCACCCUGCGUCCCGUGUUCUGCCCUUCCUCUACCUGGGCAAUGGACGCGACGCCGCCGAUCUUCAACUCCUCAGAGCACUCGGAGCUACCCGGGUCCUCAAUGUCACCUCCCAGCUACCCGGAUACCACGAGGAACGGGGCAUCACGUACAGGCAGAUACCAGCCUCGGAUUCAGGACAUCAGAACCUCAAGCAGUACUUCGAGGAGGCGUUCGACUUUAUCGAGGAAGCCCGGAAAGCAGGCAGCAGUGUGCUGGUACAUUGUCAAGCCGGUGUCUCCCGCAGCGCCACCAUCGCCAUCGCCUACAUUAUGCGGCACAAGGGUCUCUCGAUGGUCGAGGCGUACAAACUUGUAAAGAACGCACGACCCAUUAUCAGCCCUAACCUGAACUUCAUGGGUCAGUUGCUGGAACUGGAACAGGGCCUGAGGGCGGCUGGUGGUGUCGCUGCGCCCCAGGAUGAGCCUAAGGGGUGUCAUCAGUGCCGCUGGCGACAGAAUAACGAGGAAGUCACUUCUGGAUGCAGUGUUUGAGGUUAAAUACAAAGUUUUCGAGAGGGAUUCUCUGUACCUGUCGUCGUCGUCGUCGUCGUCGUGGGAAGCGACAAGAAAUCCCUCGGAAAUCAAAGUACACAUAUCCUAACCUAUUUGCGGAUAAUACCGACUACGUUUUAACGUGCCUUGGUCAAAUCGCCAGAAUCGUAAAGGCUGAUCGUCACGUGCAUACACGGUAAUAUUAAUACCCUUAACUUGUUAUGCGCGCGCGCGCGCGCACGCUUACCGAUUAUACAAAUCAAUAAGAAUCAGUGACAGAUGUGUUGUGUGACGCGCGUCAAGAAGAGAUGACGAACGAGAGAGAAUGAGAGAGUUUACAAAAAAAAUUAGAGUGUAAGGCAAGGGGCGAGAGAGAAAGAGAGAGGGGGGGAAAUGGGAGAAUGAAGAAGGAGAGUGUAAAUAAAGGAGUGGUGCGCAUGCGCGCGAACUUUGGAAGAAUAAAAAUCAUCCGAUUAAUGAAUAUGAGUUAGCGGAAUGAAGUUGUCCUCGAUUUAACCGUCAAUGACGCAGGAGAUGAUCGAAACUGAUCACGAGCGAUAUGAAUAUCGAUUAUCGAUAUGCCUUUGUUGGGAUUUGAACUGUCCGCUGAUGUCGGUUUCGUUAAUCGAACAGUUUAUUCGUUGCGCCGCCGUCGUGCAUACAUUUUCAUUUAAUUCAAACUUUUAUACUAGUUCUUCCUGAUGACGCGCGCGCGCGCCCUCGCGUCGAGACACUUUUUUAUUUAUUGCGGCUUGCGGAAAUAGUGAAAUCUUGUGUACUUAGGAUAUUCGUUGUGUCAUGGAUAAAAAUGGCGUCGAGCAGAGUGCGAUGGACUAAUGUUGGACAAACGCAAGCAAUUUGUUUUGCAAUUUGGUAAUGCGACGAGAGACAGUCGAUAUGUCCGCGGGUUCAGCUUACCGAACGUUUUAUUCGAUUUGAGGUGGAUGAUUAUUGACAACCGGAUCAGAGGGACGCCCGGGGUGUCGUUGAUCAGGGAUAACUCAUUUUGAUUUAUGUCGGGGGCAUGAUCGUUUAGUUGUGGAUGGGAAAGAUAAAAGUUUUGGAAAAACAAAAAAAAAGGAAAAUAGUCUCGCGACGCGGUACGUUUUAUCGUUUGCGUUAGCCGUUCUUAGGUCGUAUCUGUAUUUUUUAACUGUAUGUAUAGCGUGGAUAAGUCGUGCGACACAAAUCUAGUAGCCCCACGGUGGUUUAUAAUGUAUGAUGAAUAUAAUAUAUCGUUAGAGAUAUAAUUAGAUUCUAAGGAACUUUAGCAUUUAAGGAUCCGGUUGUGAUCCAACCGUCGUGAUCUAGUCGUUUUGUUGGGAUACAAUGUGUGUGUUGGGUUAGGAUACAAGCUACGAUAUAUCUAUAGAGAACCGGAAUUGAUAAAGGGAGAAAAAGCUGAUAAAGAGAAAUGAUAAGGAGAAUGCGAUGAGAAAUGUGGAAAAAAUUACUCGCGUAUCGGUUGUCAGCCUAAUUGUUGGUUCGUUUAAAGGACAAAAGAAAAAGUGAAAAGAGCGGCGAAUUCAAAUAACGAAGGAGAAAGCGCACCGGGGAUAUAUCGGAUUUUUAUGUUUUUAUGUUUUUUUUUUUUUUUUUUCGUCUCACGUGCACCUUAAAAGUGUCUCGAGAAUUCUACGCUUUCUUUCUCGAGGCUUCGACGUAGAACGAAAUAAUGUCGCGUGUCGAAUAAACGAAUGUCAUUCGAUUAAAUUGUCCCUCGUAGUUGCUUGUUAAAGAAUUUUCUUUGGGAUUUCAUUACUGUCGUAAACAAACUUAGCUUAUACGCAAAGAAAUUGUUGAUUUGUUUUCUCCAGUUGAUUUCGAUUAAUCAGUAUGAAAUGGCUGUAUGUAAAUUAUCGUAAAACUGUAAACAAAAUACAGUGGCGAAUGUGACAAGCGUGCGCGAGGAUCAAGAGUGCGAAGUUUACGUAUGAAAAGCUCGUCUUAUUCGUUUCGUUUAAUAUUUUCGUAACUCGCAACUAUCGACAAUAAGUGUGUGAAGGAAAACGUUAUAAAUACGUGGGCGAUUUAUUUUAAUGGAAACGGUCUACUACUCUGUCUCUGAGUACUCUAAGGAGAUACAGUAUGGUAUACGGCUAUGCCGUAUGAAGUCGGUGUGACUAAUCAAAGUUCCUUCGAACUCGUCUUGUUCUCUCUCAUAAAUGAAACGGUAAUGGAAAUGAUAAGGAAACGGUACAUAUCAAGAGACAAUGCGGUGUUGAUAUCCCCCUUUCACUUCUCUCUAGAUGAGAUUUGAAAAUUGGACUUGACGCCAGGAUACGUAAAAUAAAAGGAAAGGUAACUUAAAGCGAAGGUGGAGUACGCCAUGAGAUGUCUUCCUAAGGGAUCUAUCUCUCUCAAAGCUCCAGAUGCCUCGAGACGCAGGGAUGCUGUAGCUUUAUUAUUAUCGUCUAUAUGCAUAUAGCGUGCCUGAUAAAAAGCGUCUCAUCCCUUCUCGAUCGUUAGGAACAAGAGAAAAUAACCAAUGCACAAUGACUAUAUGGGGUGGUAAUCGAGCGAACAUGUAAAUAAGUUUUAUUAUUAAGGGAUACCCCUACUAAGGACCAGUGUGCGUGUGUCCUUGUGUACAGGCCUUAAUACUAAAUACUGGGGGACAUUUUUUUUUAAAGUUCAUUCAAAGUGGGGGGCGAGAUCUUCUGUUGGCUUCGGUCACAAAUUUUAAUUCGGUGGUUUUGAACGGAUUAGAGGCGUGCAGUACCUGUUGCGUCAUGCGGAUGCCUGUAUAUAAGUGUGCCUAUAACUAUAUAUAAGUAUGCCUCCUCAUUUGUUAAUGAGUACAUAAGAAACUGCCUUAAUGACUGGACAAUCUUGUACUUUGAUGUCGGACGCAUAUAGUAUGUUUUUUUUUUUUUUUUUUUUUGAGAGAGAGUACCGUGAGGUGUACUUCAAGCGAUGAUCUAACACGUAUAACUUUUUUCCUUUGAGUUUUCUUUUCUCAAUUUAGAAUGAGGAGGUUUGCACCGUACAGGCGCGCCUGAAUAUAUAUGAGAACGCUAAUCGGAUCCCAACGAUUUUGUAAUAUAUAGUUGCGUGUAGCGAAUGAUGUAGGAGUAACAUAUUGUAUAACUAUGCGUAAGUGAACGCGAGUAUUGUACUAUAUCAAAAUUUAUUUAGUUAUUUUAUGAAUAAAAAAAAACGCAAUCUCCAAA